AUGCCACAGGCCCAACAGAACGGGCUCGCAAACGCCGCAGCGCAUGGGAGUGGCAUACUUCCAGCAGGCAUGAAUAAGGAGCAGGUCCAGAAGCUGUACAAGGAUUAUCAACAGAUGAAAGCACGCGGCGUCUCAGAGACAGAUCCUGAGCUUAUCAAGGCAAGGGGUAUACUGCAAGGCAUCCAGCAACGAAGCGAGAUGCUUAAGAAGCAACAACAGUACCGGCAGCAGCAGAUGCAGGCCCUGAAGCAGCAACAGCAGGCCGCAUUGAUGGCACAGAAUGGAGUCGUAAGCGAGGCACAGACGAACGGAACGGCCAUGUCCUCCGCACCAUCAUCGGAAGACCAGGCGCAAACAACACAAAUCAAUGGCGUACUGCAAGCGACCAUGGCACCGGUACAAGCACAGACUGCAAUGGCUCCUGCGCAGAUGGAUGGUGCCAUGGAGCAAGCCUUCUCCAAAGACCAGAUCAUGACGCUGCGUGCUCAGAUGCAGGCGUUCGGUCAUCUCCAGAAGAAUUUACCGAUACCGCAAGCCAUUCAGGACCGUAUCUUCCCAACGAAACAAGAGCAGAAGCCGCCGACUCCAGCCGAAGUCGUAGCUACUGCUGGUAAGGUAUUGGACAUUGCAGGAAAGGGCAGGGAGGUGUCCGACAAUGGCAAGCCGCGUCACCGCUUCGAGACUUUCACUGACCCGCAUUCGCUUCUCUUAAAGCGCAUUAGUUACGGCGAUCACACCCAUCGCGCUUCGCGCUACAUGGUCCCUAGCAUCAUGCCUCUUGGUGUUGACCCAGACCGUGUCCGCGAUGAACGCGAGGCUCUGGUAUACAACAGAGUGGUGGCGCGGAAGAACGAGCUUGGCAAGAUGAGUGCGACCAUCGGCGGCUGGGAUAGCAGCAAGUCAGAUGCGCCCGAAGACAACAGCAACCUCAAACGGCGCGCUCUAAUCGAGUACAAAUUGUUAUGCCUCCUACCGAAGCAGCGGGAGAUGAGGCUGAAAGUCGGCAAGGAGAUGAUGAUGUCCGACAACCUGUCCAUGACCGCUAAUCGGUCCAUGUACCGGAGAGUGAAGAAGCAGUCUUUACGUGAAGCGCGUGUUACGGAGAAACUUGAGAAGCAGCAACGCGACGCGGCCGAGAACAAGGAGAAGAAGAAGCACAACGACUUCGUCAACUCCAUCAUGCGGCACGCCGAUGAGCUACGUACCGCGGCCCAACAACAUCGUGCCCGCAACCAGAAGCUUGGCAGGCUCAUGCUCCAGACUCAUUCCAACAUUGAGAAGGAGGAGCAGAAACGCAUCGAGCGGACCGCCAAGCAGCGUCUACAAGCAUUGAAGGCCAAUGACGAAGAGACCUAUCUCAAGCUUCUUGGCCAAGCGAAGGAUAGCCGUAUUUCUCAUCUGCUCAAGCAGACCGAUGGCUUCUUGAACCAGCUUGCGUCAUCAGUCAAGGCGCAGCAGCGCUCGAUGACGAACCGUUACGGUGGGGAUGCCGUUGCCGCAGAAGAAAGCGAGGCAGAGGAGGUGGCGGACAGCGAAGAUGAAUCGAAGGCUAAGGUCGACUACUACGAAGUCGCGCACAAGAUCAAGGAAGAAGUGCACGCGCAGUCAACCAAUCUCAUCGGCGGCACACUGAAGGAGUACCAGCUGAAGGGCCUGCAAUGGAUGAUUUCGCUGUACAACAACAACCUUAAUGGUAUCCUGGCUGACGAGAUGGGUCUUGGCAAGACCAUUCAGACUAUCUCCCUCAUCACGUACCUUAUCGAGAAGAAGCGGCAGUUCGGGCCGUAUCUUGUUAUCGUGCCGCUAUCUACGCUCACGAACUGGAAUAGCGAGUUCGAGAAGUGGGCACCAUCGGUAAAGCGCAUAGUCUACAAAGGUCCGCCGAAUCAGCGCAAGAACCAGCAGCAACAGAUUCGCUAUGGCGACUUCCAGGUCUUGCUCACCACUUACGAGUUCAUCAUCAAGGAUCGACCCGUUCUCAGCAAGGUUAAAUGGCUUCACAUGAUUGUUGACGAGGGUCACCGUAUGAAGAAUGCUGGGUCCAAGCUGUCGAGUACCAUCACACAAUACUACCACACGCGCUAUCGCCUCAUUCUCACGGGCACACCGCUUCAGAACAACCUUCCUGAGCUCUGGGCUCUGCUCAACUUCGUCCUACCAAACAUCUUCAAGUCGGUCAAGUCUUUCGAUGAGUGGUUCAAUACCCCCUUUGCAAACACUGGCGGUCAAGACAAUAUGUCUCUCAACGAAGAAGAGCAACUGCUCGUCAUCCGACGCCUGCACAAGGUGCUGAGACCAUUCCUACUCCGCCGUCUGAAGAAGGAUGUCGAGAAGGAUCUGCCAGACAAGCAAGAGCGCGUAAUCAAGUGCAACAUGUCAGCGCUUCAAGCGAAGCUGUACAAGCAGCUCGUCACGCACAACAAGAUCAUGGUGAACGACGACAAGGGGCGGAAGACUGGUAUGCGUGGCUUGUCGAAUAUGUUGAUGCAGCUGCGUAAGCUUUGCAACCAUCCUUUCGUUUUCGAGGAGGUCGAGGAGCAAAUGAAUCCUGCGAAGCUCACGAACGACUUAAUUUGGCGGACGGCAGGCAAGUUUGAGCUUCUCGACCGGAUCUUACCCAAGUUCGAGAAGACGGGCCACAGAGUACUCAUGUUCUUUCAGAUGACCCAGAUCAUGAAUAUCAUGGAAGACUACAUGCGACUAAGAAACAUGAAAUAUCUGCGAUUGGACGGUUCCACGAAGGCGGACGACCGUUCGGACCUGCUAAAGGUGUUCAACGCACCAAACUCCGACAUCUUCUGCUUUUUGCUCUCCACGCGUGCUGGUGGCUUGGGCCUCAAUCUGCAGACCGCUGACACUGUUAUCAUCUUCGACUCCGAUUGGAAUCCUCACCAGGAUUUACAGGCGCAAGACCGUGCUCAUCGCAUUGGCCAGAAGAACGAAGUGCGCAUAUUGCGUCUCAUCACCACCGGAUCGGUUGAGGAGAAGAUUCUCGAACGUGCGCAGUUUAAGCUCGACAUGGAUGGCAAGGUCAUCCAGGCCGGUAAAUUCGACAACAAGUCCACGAAUGAGGAGCGUGAUGAGAUGCUACGUGUCAUGUUGGAGUCUGCCGAGGCUGCCGAGAGCUUAGAGCAAGAGGAGAUGGACGAUGAGGACCUCAAUUUGCUAAUGAUGCGGCACGACUACGAGCUCGAGGUGUUCCAGCAGCUUGACCGCGAUCGUCUACGGGAUCAGCCUUACGGACCUGGCAACAGGCUGCCUCGCCUGCUUGGCGAGAACGAAUUGCCCGACAUCUACAUGAGCGAGGAGAAUCCUGUUGUGGAAGAGAUAGAGUACAAUGUCGGUCGUGGUGCACGCGAGAGGAAGACAGUCAAAUAUGAUGACGGCUUGACUGAGGAGCAGUGGCUCGACGCUGUAGAUGCUGAGGAUGAUACGAUAGAGAAUGCUGUUAAGAGAAAGCAGGCCCGCAUCGCCAAGCGAGCGGCGAACAAGGAGGCUCGCAUACGCGGCGAUUUCGGUCUUGCGGACUCACCGCCUGCGUCUCGUGAAAGCUCAGAGUCGCCGGCGCCGAAGAAGCGAGGCCGCAAGCCGAAGCCAGCGGAGAAGCGCAAGGCUGAAGAUGCUGCCUUGGAGGCUCCACAGGAGACCAAGCGUCCUCGCGGCCGUCAGUCCAAGGUGGCGGAGACGCUUACGAAAGAAGAGCGUGACACUAUCCAGAAUAUUAUGGACAGUGUGCACGAUGCACUGCAGGACCUUGAAGAGCAGUCCAACGAUCCAGAUAUACCGCCUCGUGGCAUUAUCGACCCUUUCCUGGACCUGCCGCCUAGAGCCAGCUAUCCAGACUAUUACCAGCUGAUUAAGGAGCCUAUAGCGAUGAAGCAGAUUGAGAAGAAGAUCAACACAAAGCAAUACCAGAGCUUAAGGCAGUUCCGGGCCGACAUCGGGUUGCUGUGCAAAAAUUGCAGGCAGUAUAACGAAGAUGGGAGCGUGCUGUAUAACGAUGCUAACAUGAUCGAGGAUGCGUGCGUGAACAAGCUUCGUGAGCUUACGGCAGAUCACCCGGAUCUGCAGGAUUUCGAUGAUGCGAGCGCAGAUGGCGCGUCAACCCGCCCUAUGUCGAGCGUUGGCACUCCGCAACCGGCGCAGAAGUCUGGCUUCAAGCUGAAGCUCAAUGGCACUAGAGCCAAUGGUAAUAGCUCGAUGACUGGAACUCCUGCGGAGAGCGAUGAUGAGUAG